CCAUCAUCAACCAACCCUGCCGCCAUGUUCGCCUCGGGCUCCUCGUCCAGUCUGGAAUCGCAUUCGCACAUGGAAAAAUGCCUGCUCGACCAACCCAUGGGCACACAGAGAGUGCACUUUCAGGGCGGGAAAGACUACGACUUUGCGCUCGAGAGCGAAGACAGCCCGAUCGACCUCUCCCUCAUCCUACCACACUACCGCGCGCGCAACCAGCCGCUCGACCACCGUAUGUCGAUGUACAUCGGCAGCGACAGCGGGCCUAUCAAGGUCAAAGUUUGUCGCCCGCCUUCGCGCACCCCCUUCCAGCUCGAGAUCCAGUCGGACGUGUCGGACGUGACAGUAUGGCUGCCAUCCGACUUUAGGGGGCGUAUACAGCACUCGGCCGCGAAGGUCACCUUUUCCGCGGGCUUUACGAACCGUAUCAUGCAGCAUGCGCGCAUCAACGAGCCGCUGGACGAGCCAUACCCCCUCACGUACUCGUCUCUGGACAUUGAGGACGAGGUGGUUGUCAGCACCGCCGGCAAUGUCACGUUCCGCAUGUGGGACGUUCAGACGUGCGCGCCGGAAAACCGGAGCAAGGAGUGCUGGAAGCGCAUGUUCGGAUGCGCGAAGAAGGCGCCCGAGACGACCAUCGACUGGGACUUCCUCCUCGAGGACUAGGAACUACCCCGGCUCGGAUUGAUUCUUUUGGAUUCUGUUUCGAUUUUCGUUGUCGAUCCUUCCUCGGUCUUGGGUUCAUUUUUCUCGUCCUCCGUCGCGCUCGUUCCCCCAUGUCCUGUGUCUCUCACCGCAACAUCUUGUAGCUCU